UUGGCUGACGAGAAGGCUAUCUGAAGUCUCGUGAUAGCAGAUCCAUUGUUGUGUUACGGCUUUAGAUUUUAGAUACAAGCCUGCCAUAUUAAAAUAAAUGUAAACACGAACAAUACAUCAUAAAAGUCACCGCUAACACAAUGCUUUCCCGUUUAUUAAAGGAGCACCAGGCGAAACAAAACGAGCGCAAAGAGCUCCAAGAGAGAAGAAGACGCGAAGCCAUUGCUGCGGCUACCUGUCUGACAGAAGCUUUGGUGGACCACCUUAAUGUUGGGGUAGCCCAGGCAUACGUUAACCAGCGCAAGUUGGACCAUGAGGUGAAGACUCUCCAGGUGCAAGCCAGUCAGUUUUCCAAGCAAACGGCCCAGUGGAUCAGCAUGGUGGAGGGAUUCAAUCAAGCCCUAAAGGAAAUUGGAGAUGUGGAAAACUGGGCUCGGAGCAUUGAGAUGGACAUGAGGACAAUAGCCACUGCAUUGGAGUAUGUCCACAAGGGUCAGCUUCAGUCGGCUUCAUCCUAAGCAUGAGGAGGAUGGACGUGUCAUGAACUGCCAGCUUCAAAGCUGAAACCCCAGCUGCUCUGCAACAAGAGGCAUAUCAGAAAUAUGGAGAUCAGGAGACGUUUUAACACAGAUGACUUCAAGACGCCUGAUGCUGCCUGCUGAGCCCAGCUUGAAUUGUGCUGAAUACUGUGGUGUUCAAGGAAUAACUGAAGAAAUGUAUUUAUAAUAUAUGCAAGGCUGCAAUGUUUAUUUUCAAUAUAUUUACUGUUUGGUACUCACAAAUCAUGUUCCCUUGUUACUUUAACUGCUGAUCAAUAUCUUCAGCAAAAACACAGCUGUGUUCAGCUUAUCUGCAGUAGCUAUGAUUGUCGAGGCAAGUUCACAAGUGGCUGUUAUGCAAACAGUCAACUGUUUGCAUAACAACAGUGACUGAGAAAAGGGGGA